GUGCUGAAAGACAACAGCAAAAAAGAAAAGGCUGUUCUAGGAGUAAUAGUUGUGGACAGACCUUGUAACUACCAAAGGUGAAAACUUAAGAAAAUGUGUAAAGGAUUAGCAGCCUUGCCCCAAACAUGUCUGGAGAGGGCUAAGGAGAUCAAGAUUAAAUUGGGAACUCUGCUUCAAAAGCCAGAGAAUGCUAUUGACCUUAUUAUCCCCUACCCGGAAAAGCCAGAGAAGAAGCCGGAUAAGCCUCAAAAGCCAUCCCCUGAAGAAGCAGUACAGUGGCGUGAAUCCUUGGACAAAGUUUUGUCUAACAGCUAUGGUCUGGUCACUUUCAGGAGCUUCUUGAGGUCUGAAUUCAGUGAGGAGAAUAUUGAAUUCUGGAUGGCAUGUGAGGACUUCAAGAAGACCAAAUCCCCUACUAAGCUUGCCACCAAAGCUAAAAAGAUCUAUGAGGAGUUCAUUCAAACAGAAGCUCCUAAAGAGGUUAACAUUGACCACUUCACCAAAGAGGUGACUAUGAAGAAUCUCGUGGAAGUAUCUCCUUCUGCUUUUGAUCUUGCCCAGAAAAGGAUCCAUGCUCUGAUGGAGAAGGACUCGUUUGCCAGGUUUUUGCGGUCAGAGCAAUAUCAAGAACUGAUCAAGUAACUGUGGGAAGAGGCUGUGCAAAGCAUUCUGGUUACUAUAAUAGCACGAUCCAAUAUGUUCUGAUGAAGCAUCUUCAAAUCCUUUAUUUACAGUAAAGUAACUUAACAGGAGCACAGUAAUUCAUUUGCUUCUUUGUGUGUCACACUGUGUCAAUUGCAAUUUUUCUAUCAAGCUCUUCAUUUAGGAUGAGGAAGUUUAACAUGUGCUAGGUUUUUAUGUACGGUAUGGACAUUAGUUAUACUGUCCAUACAUUCUAAAAACCAUAAACAUCAGGGUCACAUGAAAGUAAAGAUACACUGUUAUACACCAUCAAUUAUAUUGUAACAUUUGCUAAGAUAAAAUGGUAUUUUUUACAAAACAAUUCAGUAAUUUUUCAAUUGGAGAUGACAAAAAUAAAUCAAAAUUUCCAUUUUAGAUGUUAUUGUAACAAACAUUUGCAGUUCAUCCCUCAUUUAAUGGUGUAUCUCCAUCCAUGCUAUUGUAAACAUUUGUCGGUCUUAGUAAUAAUUUCCAACAUUAUUCUAUUAAAUAUUAUUGUUUCCAAAAUAGCUUUGCACAGCCUCAAAUAUGCCAAUGCACCAACUGUAAAGCUGUCAGUUCAGUUUAAAUUUUGUCUCCACUGUAGUUUUUCUUCCCUUUUAUGUUAUGUAGUAAACUGGUGUAAUAUGUGCCUUUUAUAUAUUACUCUAUUGAAGCAUUAGUAUUAUUUGAAAGCGAUUCCCCUUUUCACAUUUUUACCCUGAAAAUUUAUGCAAAACGUUUCCCAGUUGAAAAGCAAUUAAUGUUUGUUGAGCCUGUAUUAUACAUGCAUCCCUACAUUUUGGAUUUGUGCAUUUUUUUUAUUUCAAUAAAAUGGAAAUAUGGCAGUUGUCGCAAAAUACAUUCCAGUUCAUAUUUUUAAAAUAUACAACAAAAAACUCAUGUGAGAAUCAGCGUGUAGGAUGCAGGAAAACUGACCUAUUUUGACCUAAACUGAAUCCAACAAUAAUUCUUUAAUCACAAUGACCUUAAAAAUAUGAGCAAUCUCUUGGAAAAUCAUAACAGUCUUAAAAUGUAAGAAAGCAAAACAAUAAACAUCUAAAUUAGUAGGAACACUCCAGCACAACAUCUUAAACUGGAAAUUUGUCAUGUGAUAGGAUACAACGCCUGGGAACAUUAUAGAUAUAUACUGUAUAUAAAGUGGGUUUAAGUGGUUUUCGUACAACAACAUCACUGCAGAGCAAGUUGAUAUGAUGGGAAUAAUGAAAAUGAGUGGAACUAAAUAAAACUGUAAGAAGUAUUUGUUUUUCAGAAGGAUGGUUUAUCCAAAUAAGGAUGAAUCUAAAAUUGUUCUGUCUAGAUUUAGCUAUGACAACUCCCACUACGCUCUUACAAUUGUUAGAAUCAACCUUGUAGUGAAUCAUUUUGACAACACAUACUUGCUACAUAGAAAUAUAUUACUGUAUUGCUCACCAUUAUAUUGAAACAAUAAAAAAAAUGGAAAUUAGCAGGGUAGGAUUCAUUGUUGCUUCUACCUUACAUUUAAUGUCUUACCUAUUGCACAGAUUAUCUAAACAUACAUUUUCAAAAGAAAGUGCAAACAUAUUUGUCUUGUCUACUUUUACACUGUUGCAUUGAUUGAUCCUUUCAUAGUUCACCUCAGAUACAGUUAUAAUAUGAUUUACUUAAUUCACAUAUUCACAAUCUGUACCCUUUACAAUUAUAUACAAUGGUCUUAAAUCUGUCCUGUUGUUUUAAAAUCUAUAUCCAUGUUAUAAUAUUAACCACAUAUAAUUGUACUGUAUGUUAACCUGCUAUAUGUAUGAAAUUUAAUUUGAUAUGCAUGUUUUUAAUUAUUAGUUAUUGAUUUUAUUAUACUUAAUAUAUAUACUGUAGUAUUGUCAUCAAUAAUGUCCUUAUUUGCUGGUAAAAAAAACAACAAAUUAAAUUAGAUACUGCUCAAUAGAAGCCUAUCAUUGCAGUUAUUAUCUUAACCCUUAAACUUGACAAACCCUCAUUUGUUCAAAAUUAAAAAAAAGAUCUGUGACACCCUUAGAAUACCAAUAUAAUUACUAAGAAUAUAACAUUAUUUCGGGUAUUAGGUAUCAGAUAUUAUGCUAAUUGUGAAACAGAAAACUUACAGAUUUCAACCUAAAAUGUCUAAGAUUGAACACAUUUCAUUUUUUGUUCUGAAAUUGUUUGUGCCCAAAAUGAGAAAAAUUGUAAAUAAGGACAUAUUGAAUAAAUACUACACAUUUCAUACAGUAUAUGACUUAAUAUGUGCAUGUAACUUUUGUAGUCAACAAUAUAAAAAUGCAUCAAUACAUUCAGUUCUUCAAGAUGUAUUUUUUAUAGUUGUAAAUAUUGUUUACCAUGACUUAUUUAAAUUAUUCUUAUAAUAACACAGGAGCAAGAACUGCUUCUCUUAAAGCAGGAAAGAGGACAUCAGCAGUACAAUAGCACAAUAGAGAUAAAGGAAAUUACAGUAUA